GGGGGUUGGGGGAGGGAAGAUCGCCCCGGAAGCCCCUUUGCUUCAAGCUGGGCAGUCGGACGAGGGGAACGGAUCCCGGGACAAGGAGGAGGGGAGCCGAGCCCAGGAACCGCCAGACCCAAAGCAUAGAAUGGGGCCUCCCUUACAAGGGCCAGUGGCAGCCAGAAGCAAUAUAGUACCCCCAGCCUGGGGCCAGGACACCAGCUGAGUGGGGUGGGAGUCUCUAGGACCAUGGCAGGUGCCUCAGUGAAGGUUGCUGUGAGGGUACGACCCUUUAACGCCCGAGAGAGCAGCCAUGAUGCCAAGUGUGUGGUCAGCAUGCAGGGCAACACCACCUCUAUCACCAACCCCAAGCAGAGCAAGGAUGCCCCCAAAAGCUUCACCUUUGACUACUCCUAUUGGUCCCACACCUCGGCAGAGGACCCUCAGUUUGCAUCUCAGCUUCAGGUAUAUCAAGAUAUUGGAGAAGAGAUGCUGCUUCAUGCCUUUGAGGGCUACAAUGUCUGCAUCUUUGCUUAUGGGCAGACAGGCGCUGGAAAAUCCUAUACCAUGAUGGGGCGGCAGGAGCCUGGGCAGCAGGGCAUUGUGCCCCAGCUUUGUGAGGACCUUUUCUCCCGGGUUAGUGAGAACCAGAAUGCCCAGCUGUCCUACUCUGUGGAGGUGAGCUACAUGGAGAUCUAUUGUGAGCGUGUACGGGACCUUCUGAACCCCAAGAGCAGGGGGGGACUGCGGGUGCGAGAGCACCCCAUCUUGGGCCCCUAUGUUCAGGACCUGUCCAAGCUGGCAGUUACCUCCUAUGCUGACAUCGCUGACCUAAUGGACUGUGGCAACAAGGCCCGGACAGUGGCAGCCACCAACAUGAAUGAGACCAGUAGCCGUUCCCACGCUGUGUUUACCAUUGUCUUUACCCAGCGUUGCCAUGACCAGUUCUCAGGACUGGACACAGAGAAGGUCAGUAAAAUUAGUUUGGUGGAUCUGGCUGGGAGUGAACGUGCUGAUUCUUCAGGUGCCCGGGGCAUGCGGCUCAAGGAAGGUGCCAAUAUAAAUAAGUCCCUGACCACAUUAGGAAAAGUGAUCUCAGCUCUAGCAGAGAUGCAAUCAAAGAAAAGGAAAUCAGAUUUCAUUCCUUACCGGGACUCUGUACUUACCUGGCUGCUAAAGGAGAAUUUAGGAGGAAAUUCACGCACAGCAAUGAUUGCAGCAUUAAGUCCUGCAGAUAUAAACUAUGAAGAGACACUCAGCACCCUCAGAUAUGCAGACCGCACCAAGCAGAUCCGCUGUAAUGCAGUUAUCAAUGAGGACCCCAAUGCUCGGCUGAUCAGAGAGCUACAGGAGGAGGUCGCCCGGCUCCGUGACUUACUGCUGGCCCAGGGGCUCUCGGCCUCUGCUCUGGGAGUUGCAAAACUGGAGGAGGGAAGCUCUGGGACUGGCUUGCCUGCUCUUUCAUCUCCACCUGUCCUAGACUCACCUUUGGGUCCCCCAGUUCAUAAUGGGGAGCUGGAGUCAUCAUUCUCUUCCAAUGCUGAGCCUCAUAUUGGACCUGAGGAAGCCAUGGAGAGACUACAGGAGACAGAAAAGAUCAUCGCAGAGCUGAAUGAAACAUGGGAGGAAAAACUACGCAAGACGGAAGCUCUGAGAAUGGAGAGAGAAGCAUUGCUGGCAGAGAUGGGUGUGGCCGUACGAGAGGAUGGGGGGACUGUGGGUGUCUUCUCCCCCAAGAAGACCCCUCAUCUAGUGAACCUAAAUGAAGACCCCCUGAUGUCAGAGUGUCUGCUCUAUCACAUUAAAGAUGGCAUCACCAGAGUGGGCCAGGUUGAUGUGGACAUCAAACUGACAGGACAGUUCAUCUUAGAGAAGCACUGUGUGUUUCGGAGCCUCACUCAACCUGAUGGAGAAGUUGUGGUAACUCUGGAACCCUGUGAGGGAGCUGAGACAUACGUCAAUGGGAACCCCGUGAUGCAGCCUGUGGUGCUGAGAUCAGGAAACCGGAUUGUUCUGGGCAAGAACCAUGUCUUCCGCUUCAAUCACCCUGAGCAGGCUCGACUGGAACGAGAGCGUGGGGUCCCCCCUCCUCCAGGACCACCUGCUGAACCUGUGGAUUGGAACUUUGCUCAAAAGGAGCUCCUAGAGCAACAGGGCAUUGACAUCAAGCUGGAGAUGGAGAAAAGGCUGCAAGAUCUGGAGAAUCAGUACCGGAAGGAGAAGGAAGAGGCUGACCUCCUAUUGGAGCAGCAUCGAUUGUAUGCAGACUCAGAUAGCGGGGAUGACUCGGACAAACGCUCCUGUGAAGAGAGCUGGCGGCUGAUCUCAUCUCUGCGGGAGCAGCUUCCACCCACCACUGUCCAGUCCAUCGUCAAGCGCUGUGGUUUGCCGAGCAGCGGCAAGCGUCGGGCCCCGCGGCGAGUCUACCAGAUUCCCCAGAGGCGGCGGCUACAGGGUAAGGACCCCCGAUGGGCCACCAUGGCUGACCUGAAGAUGCAGGCGGUGAAGGAGAUCUGUUAUGAGGUGGCACUGGCUGACUUUCGACAUGGGAGGGCAGAGAUCGAGGCUCUGGCUGCUGUCAAGAUGAAGGAGCUGUGCCGUACCUAUGGCAAACCCGAAGGGCCUGGGGAUGCCUGGAGGGCUGUGGCUAGAGAUGUUUGGGAUACAGUAGGGGAAGAAGAGGGAAGUGGAGGAGGAGGGUCUACUGAGGAUGGGGCCCGAGGGGCUGAGGUGGAGGAUCUCCGAGCACACAUUGACAAGUUGACUGGAAUCCUGCAAGAGGUGAAGCUGCAAAACAGCACCAAGGACCGAGAGCUCCGGGCACUGAGGGACCGAAUGCUGAGGAUGGAAAGGGUCAUCCCGCUCGCCCAGGAUAAUGAAGAUGAAGAUGAUGCUGAGGUGACCUGGGCAGCCUCAGAAGGAAUAGAAGGCCUACAAGAGGCAACCCCUGGGGCUAUUACCCCCACUGUCCAGCCCCCAUCCCCUCCCCCCUCAAGCUGGGAGCGGGUGUCCAGGUUGAUGGAAGAGGAUCCCGCUUUCCGCCGUGGCCGUCUUAGAUGGCUCAAGCAGGAGCAGCAGCGCCUGCAGGGGCUACAAAAUCUUCCUGGAGGCCGAGGUGGGGGGCUUCGAAGGCCUCCUGCCCGAUUUGUUCCACCCCAUGAUUGCAAGUUGCGAUUCCCCUUCAAGAGCAACCCCCAGCACCGGGAGUCAUGGCCUGGGGUUGGUGAAGGUGGAGAGGCUUUGGCCAUACCCCAACCCCCUGAAGAGGGUACUCUUGUAUCAGCCCCCACCUCUAGAAGGCUCCCCAGUCCUCGAAGGCCACACAGGCCUCGGAGGAACUCCUUGGAUGGAGGGGGCCGCCCCCGGGGCGGGGGUCCCAGCCAAUCAGAAUCCCAACAGUUUCAACCCAAGAAGCACAAUUAUUAUCCCCAGCAGCUUCAGCCUUACCCAGCUCAGCGGCCCUCUGGUCCCCGAUAUCCUCCCUACACCACACCUCCUCGAAUGAGACGACAGCGCUCAGCCCCUGACCUCAAGGAAAAGGGGGCAGCAGUGUGAGAAAGGGCCAGGUGGGGCCCCUUGCAGAGAGGAGAGAUGUGGGAUACUGCUCCCCCACGUGUAGGAUUAUUGGCACAGGCAGGGACAGAGAUGAGAGCCGUAGAGUAGGUGAUGGGGGACUUGAGCAGGUUGGGCCAGGAGUUGGAGGAAGAAGUAGAAUGCGCAGUGCAGGAUUGCCAGGAGUAAACCAAAGGGAAGGGAAGGAAAGGGGUUUAGGCUACCCCAAGGCCGUGCCUCCCCCCAAAUGCUGCUAAGAGUGGGGUGCUGUGUAGCCAGUUGUGUGUGUUUUUGUUUUUGUCUUUCAGUGGGCCAGGUAUAAUGACACUAAUAGGAGAUUAUGAAACUCCUUCCCCAGGAGUGUCUGUGGUGGGUUUCCCUUGUUAAGGGGAAGGGGCUGUCCUAAGAUUGGCCUCCUACUGCAGGUCUUCUGCUAUAUAUUGUCAGGGGUAUCCCAGGUUUGGUUGAGGUCCACAGCAUGGUGGGAUUAAAAGCAUUAAAGGAAGCAAACAGGGAGAUCUGUGGCUCGUUAUUGGUGGUGUGAUGGCGUAUGUGGGAGGCACAAGGCAAGAGCUGUGGAACAGGCUGAGGAAAAGAAUGGGAGGGACAGAAGACUCCACAAGGCCCUACUGAAGAGUUUGUCUGUGGUGUAUGAGUGUAUUAUAUAUGGCCCUGGACCUAGGCUGAACAUACCCUAAGUUUUUCUUUUUCUUUUUUUUUUUUUUGGUAAUGUUGGUGGGGUAGAUGGACAGGGACAUUUUAAUGAGGGAGAUCCACUCCCUGCCUAUUUGUUCUUGGGAGGUUGUGAGGCAUCUAUGAAGGAAAUACAAAAGUAUUUUAUCCUUCCAUUACUGCUUUGGUCAUGCCUUUCCCUUCCUCCUAAAGCAUAUAGCCUAGGGGUUCUCAAAAUUAUUUUACUCAUAGCAUAGUAUCUGCUAUGAUGAGUCACAAACACACUGAACAUAUAAAUUGGCAACAAAGACGGGUUCCCUGGAAGUGGAGCCUCCACUUUGGGAUGCUUCCACUUUUUCCCCUCCUCAAAUAUUUAACUUUCUUUACCUCCUUAGGACUUAAUGAAAGAAGAGGAGGAGGUGGCUUUGUACCUCUGGAUAGAGUUACUAUUGUGAACUUCAUGAUUCUAAGCCAAGAACAAGUAGUGUCCUACAGUGGCGAUGAGGGCAGGGGAUUUCAUAGCACACUUAGCAGAAACUCACUCCAUGCAAAUACUACAGAGAACCUUUUGAGAACUACUUGUACUUCUGCUUUGUCACAGAGCUUAGAUUUUAUAAAGCACUUUACAGUUACACUGUCCAAACAUCCCGCCUUACCAAAGUCUUACUGUGUCACUAUCAGCCCUUUUCUCAUUACACCGAAGAAAGAAGAGUUGAAUGGAGAAAUAAGAGGAUUUAAGAAAUGCCAUACUGGUUCCAAUCAGCUUUCUGGCCAGUCAAGCAUUUUGUAUCUGACAUGCUAUGUGUGGGAAGGCAAUUUUUCCACAAAAAGGAGUGUCGCCCUAAUAUCUAUAUUUAAUCUAGCAACAUCCUGCAGUGGAUCUAUUAUCUAUGCACUCGUAUUAACCUUUCUUGGUUAUAUUUACAUUUUGAGCCUUUACCAUCAUUAAGGGGGUGAGUGGCCUAGGUUUUGCACCUACCAGUGCCAUAACUAGGCCAGGGCAGCUGAAACUUUGUCCCCAGGUGCCAAAUUUAGGAUAGUCACUUGGCCUUCAACAACAUAGAAACCACAGAGCUUAGUACUAGCCAAGGGAAGCUGGGGUCAAUUUCCUCCAAUGGUUCCCUUUCUCCCUUCCUUCUCCCUCCCACAUGAAGCAACUCAACUGAGAUUUUUACCAUGUAUAGUUUACCUGAUAGAAUUCAUGGUAAUUUUCUCAGGUGCAGAUAUUUCUCAUUAUGACUGCUACUUUUGUUUUUACUCAAACUAUUUUCAUACAUGCAGGAGUUGAAAAACUUUAAGGAUUCAGUGGUUUGAUUAAAAAAAACCCAAUUCUGUCCUAAGCACACCUUUCACAGGUGAACCCCAAUGCUAUCCUAGUCACACCAUUCACAGGUGAAGAGAUUGGUCCCUUUUAGCCUUCAGCUUUUCAACAAGAGCCUAAUCUUUUCAGUCUUUAUGGAAAUCUUUGCAACUUCUUGGUACUUCAGCUGGCCCAUAGGCCUUUCCUGGCUUCAUCCUGUCUGCUUUGAAUCAUGAUAAGACCAAAACGGUCUUAUAAAUGAUUGUAGAUGAAUAAUUUUGUGUCAUAGUAGGAAGCUUUCUAUUUUGCCAUUGAUAUCCCUUCUUUAAGAUGACUGAGUUCUGGUUUGGCACCCAAUUGCAGAGAUAACUGGCUAAUGUUUUGGGGUGAAAUACCUUCCCAGAUCUAGGUUGUAACUGAUACUCAUUUGCUGGGAUUCAAUAUCUUACAAGACAGAACAGAGGAUAAAAGAAAGCAUUCUUGCCCAUAAGGAACAUAUACUCCAGGCAGGGAUAGUAGCUGCACAUAUAACCAAGAAUAGUAAUGAUUCAUGUCUGUUGUGUAAGGUUUAUAGGGAUUUUCCCAAAGGACCCAUGAAGGGAGGAGAAAUAAGCAUCCCUACCUUCUUUUUAUAGAUGGGAGAACUAGCCCAGAGAAGUAGUCCCAAUUGCCAUGUGGGCCAAGGUACAAUUUGGUGUAAUGUGCUUGAGAGCAAGUUGUAAGAGAGAGACUAAAUGUUCCCAGAACUCAACAUGGUAAGGUUAUGAAAUCAGUCUUCAUUUCUGUAUUUAACUUCAUGCAUACUUGAGAGCAAACGUAUAUUGAUGAUUUUUUAAGCUAUUUCUAAAUAUUCCCCUUUCCCUCUCAACCCACUAUCACAAAGAAAGUAAAGCAAAACCAAUCAUCACAGUGACGACAUUUAUGUCUUCCCCUCCUCUACCCAGAGGAGAAGAUACCAAUACACUUUUAAGAUAUAGUCAGUCUUUCCCCAGAAUUUCAACAUGGGGAUUUGAGGAGCCCUGGGAGUUUCCCAUGUAGGAGAUAUGCAGAACAGAAUUUGAGAGACAUCUCUGCCUUGGAAAUAAAAAUCACAGUGUUCAAAGAAGAAAGGGUAGGAGAUCUAGAAGAGGACAUACAGGUCUGAAACUGUUUUUGUACAUUUGCUCUUGAAAUUUAGGACUUUUCUCACCAUGGGGAGAAAUGAAGUGCCCAACAGCUGCUGUUGGAGCCAGGGCUACUGAUAACCUUGUGGGCAAUAAGCCACUAACUUUGGGAUUGAUUCUAUAGUUUGAAGUGGCAAUAAACUGCUUCAUACUGAAACUGCAGGUGAUUAGGACUGGAGGAGAAAGAACUAAGAGUAGGAUCAGCUUUCCCCAAAUUCACAGCACCCAAAGACUUGGAGACAGGAGGCAUCAGUCUAGCAGAGACAAGUCUGGAACAGGGACUAACAAAUCUUGAAAAUCCCAUCGGCUUGUGAAAUGGGGAAGACCACUGCCACCAUACUUCUCUUGAUUCCCUUUCCUACCCUUUCUGUGAUCCGUGGGAAUGUUUCAGGUUUCUUGAGCACCCUCCAAAGAUCUGGGAGGAUAAGCAGAUGUUUUGGGAAAUUGUGAGUGAAGGGGGGUGCUGCAUAGGAGUGUUUAAUAUUUUCCUUUUGUUUUAAUUGUGUCCAAUAAACUGAUGCCACAGUA